AUGACACCAAGAUCACCACAACAGAAGACAUAUCAUACGUCGAAUCCAGUUGCAGAAACUGCAAUUGACAGAACUAUUCCAGAUUUGCCAAUUGCACAGUUAUCUGAUGAAGAUAAAUAUUUCAGAACUCACAAAGCUCCCCCAUAUUUACCUGAGAUCGAGCAACAAGUGAAUGAUUUUAUUGAAUAUCAUGCUUCUAAUACCGGAAAACGUAUCGUAUUAGUAACAUCUGGUGGUACCACUGUUCCAUUAGAGAAUAAUACCGUUAGAUUUAUCGAUAAUUUCAGUGCUGGUACUAGAGGAGCAACAUCGGCAGAGUACUUCUUAGAGAAUGGGUAUGCUGUUAUUUUUUUACAUAGAGAAUUUUCUCUUUUGCCAUAUUCAAGACAUUACAGUCAUACAACUAAUUGUUUUUUGGAUUAUAUGACGGAAGUUAAUAAUAAGGUGGAAAUCAACCCAGACUUUGCAGAUGAAAUGUUGGUUGUGUUAAGAAAGUACAAAGAAGCCAAAGAAUCUCAAUCGUUAUUAUUGUUACCAUUUACUAAUGUGAAUCAAUACUUAUACACCUUGAAAUUAAUGGCUAUUUUGUUACAAAAAAUUGAAAACAAAGCAUUAUUUUAUUUAGCAGCAGCUGUCUCCGAUUUUUUUUUACCACAAUCAAGAAUGCCUCAUCAUAAAAUACAAUCUCAAGCUGCAGGUAAAUUGAUCAUCGACUUGGAACAAGUACCUAAAUUCUUGAGAAGAUUGGUAGACAACUGGGCACCAUCUGCAAUGAUUGUUUCGUUCAAAUUAGAAACGGAUCAUCUGAUCUUGAUUGAUAAAGCUAAGGGUGCAUUAGACAGAUACCAGCAUCAGUUAGUAAUUGGUAACUUAUUGCAAACUAGAAAGAAGGAAGUUGUAUUUGUGCAUCCGGAUGGAUCAGAAGUUUGGAUUAGAUUGACAGACGAACAAAAAGCUAAAGACAUGGACAUCGAAGGAUUAAUUAUUCCUGCUGUAAUUAAGGAACACUCCCAAUGGAUUGAAAAAUAUUCUAAAUAA